UACUAGUAACCGCUUCUUCAUCUUCUUUCUCAAGUCUGGUUCUGCAACUAGCUCGAGAUCUCGUUCGUUCUCCUCUCACGAAUCCGAUCGCAGUUUCUCGAUCUCUAUACUGAGCUUCGAAUUCACCUUUGGCUCGCUCGAAAGAGCAGCAAUGUCGUCGUGGUUACAGUCAAUUGCGACUUUUUGUAUCAUCGUUUCUGCUGGUUUACUAUCCACCGGUGAAGCUUCUGUACAUGAGUAUCAUGGAGAGAGAUUUGUCGCCAAGGGAAACGCAUUUGUUGUCCAUGGCGGCAGUGAAGGAAUAUAUUCUUCCAUUCCGAAUCAGAAUGAGUCCGCUAUUUCUUCAAACGCCGACUCUUCUUACAUAAGGUUGGAAAGGAUUACCUUCGAGCGUCCCAAAGAGUUUUCAACUGUUGUAUCAGGGUUGAUUCACGCUAUUCUUUUUGAGGUAGAUGAUCGGGAGACAAUAGGAGGUUCAGCCUAUGGAGGCCAAAGAGCUGUUUGUUGUACUGCAGAUCUAGCUAAAUUGGGUGUGUGCACACAAGGAGAAAUUAUUCAUCGACAAUCAAUCAAUAACCCUGGCUGGCCUCAAGUGUUAAGUAUAUCGUUCAAUGAAAAUGAACGAUUUGCAAAGAUGCAAACAAAAUCAAUACAAGUUACUAAAACGGGCAUGUACAAUCUUUACUUUAUUCAUUGCGAUCCAAAUCUCAAGGAACUGUUUGUGGAGGGGAAAACCAUAUGGAAAAACCCUGCUGGUUAUCUCCCAGGUAGAAUGGCACCCCUUAUGAAAUUCUUCGGCUUUAUGUCUCUUGCAUUUGUGAUACUUGGUGUUUUCUGGUUCUACCAAUACGCAAGGUUUUGGAAGGAGGUUCUUCCUUUGCAGAACUGUAUCACUCUGGUGAUCACAUUAGGCAUGUUUGAGACGACUUUGUGGUACUUUGAUUAUGCUGAAUUCAACGAGACAGGGAUAAGACCAACUGGGAUUACUGUAUGGGCUGUUACCUUUGGAGCAGUGAAAAGGACAGUUUCUCGAUUGAUCAUUCUGAUGGUUUCAAUGGGAUAUGGAGUUGUCAGACCCACUUUAGGCGGUCUUACAUCAAAGGUUCUAAUGCUAGGAGGAACAUUCUUUCUUGCAUCGGAAGUGCUUGAACUUGUAGAAAAUGUCGGUGCUGUCAGCGAUAUCUCGGGGAAAGCAAGAUUAUUCUUGGUUCUUCCUGUUGCUAUAUUGGAUGCUUUCUUCAUAAUUUGGAUUUUUAAGUCCCUCUCUGCAACGCUAAACAAGCUUCAGGGUAGAAGGAUGACAUCCAAACUAGAUAUUUACAGGAAAUUCACGAAUGCUUUGGCGGUUGCUGUUAUUGUAUCUGUAGGCUGGAUAUGUUACGAGCUCUACUUCAAGUCAAAUGAUGUAUACAAUGAACAAUGGCAGAACGCGUGGGUAAUCCCUGCUUUCUGGCAGGUUUUAUCAUUCUCGUUACUUUGUGUCAUUUCAUCUCUUUGGGCACCAUCUCAGAACUCAAUGAGAUACACAUAUACAGAGGAGUCGAGGGAAGAAGACUUUGAUAGAGACGAUACAUUUACAUUUAUUAAACCAUCUUCAAAGGAGUUUAGAAGUCAACCAGAAGUCAUCUCCGAUUCUAAUAGUGAUCAACUGGAAAAACAAGAACAAGAACAUGAAGAAGACAAAACUGAGUGAGAUGGAUGGAUCGAUUGAUCUCCCCCUGUGAUGCGGUGCGAGUCGAAGAGAUUGGAAGAUAAUCUAAUUAAGGAAGGGAUUGGAAGAUAUAUUCUAAUCAAGGAAAGGAUUAUAAUAUAUAUUCUAAUUAAGGAAGAGAUUACAAGGG